AUGGGCGAAAACAGCGUAAUUCUGGCCAUACAAAAGUAUGACGUCCAGAGCGGCAGCAGCUCGCCGAUCUCGAGGGCUGUUCUGCCGCAAAAGUUCAACGCGGCUGCUCUCGAGCAUAUCCGGUGCGUGAAGAACAAAUUCUGCGACAAGGAUGGCGCCGAAGUCGCGGAGGACACCACUUUUGAUGUCUACGUUCAGAUGAACAAGGAACCGGACGGCAAUGCCUACAACCUGUUCUUUCUCGCUGCUGGGAGUGCUGCAGCGGGCAUGGACGCCGAUACCACUGCGUUCUUGAAAGAACGUGUUGACCUCAGCUUGUCGGACCGCAUGCCUUUCCUGAACCCGGCGUUGGCCAAGCUCACUUCGUCCAUCAAAAAGGAUGAUUGGAAGGCUUCUGCGGGCAAGGCAGACACAUACGCGGCCGAUAUGAAUGAGCAGCAAUGGGGCAUUGUGAUCCGCAACAAUGACCUACUCAACGGAAAGUUCUUUGAAGGCGGAGGCACCAAUGACAAGCUGCAGGUGCCUACCAGCAUCCGUCGGGCCAGGCACACCGCGUUUGCCUUGAAAGAAAGAGCCAUUCCCGAAUACAACAUCACUUUUCAGGUUGCCAAACCACCUCCUGCGCAGCUGAAGCAGCCCGAGCUCAAAUUUCGAAUCCCACGAUUCCAGAUUUGUGAUAGCUCGAGAGUCGAAGUCUUCGAGACCAAGACAUCCAUCGCGGACUCUAUGGCAGCCAACGCGUUUAGCCAAACCACGGUCGAAGCAGCGGCAGGUGGAGGAGCGUUUGGAGUGAGCGUUGGCGUGAAAGCCGGGGCCACAACGUCCGAGUCCAGCUCGUACGCGCAGUCAUCUUCCAAAGACGAGAGCCGGAUGCACGUGGCUUACCUGUUUCCCCGUGUCGAGGUUUUCCUGGACGUCGAGGAUCUUGAAUUGACCGAGGAAUGCAUCAAGCAGUUGCAGAAACUGCGCCACGCCAACGCAAAGAAGGAAGACGCGGACAAUUUUUUCCACAAAUUUGGGCACGUCUUUGUCCCCCAUGUCCAACUGGGUGGUCGGCUGUACUCCGUCGAGUCGACGUCGAGCAUUGCCGGCUCCACGACCCAAGAAAAGGCAUCGGCACUCAAGGCCGCCGCGAGUGCAUCCGUGUCUGGCUUUGGGUUCCAGGCGUCGGUGAGCGCGAGCCAUGAGACGACAAAAGACGAGAAAGUCGAACGGUCUCACAGUAGCUCGAGCCACUCGAUCACCUGGCAUGCGGACGGCGGUGACACCUUGUUGUGUAACAACCCCCCUGCCUGGUGUCCCACCGUGCACUCCUACUAUAACUGGCGCGUGAUGAAUCAAAUCGGCAUGGUGGAUAUCGUUCAGCUCAUUGGCAAGAUGGACGGCUGGAAGGACAUUCCCGGUGUGUUUGAAGCCAUAUACUUCAGCCGAGUACCGUUUUUGCUGGACCAGUUCGGUUCGGGCGCGGCAACGAAGGCUUACCUCGGUAUGAUCGCGAACGAGGAACUACUUGAACGACCGGAAGCCGGAGGAGGAAACUUCUCGCGGCGUGCGAAACGCCAUUUGCUGACCAAAUCCCAAACCGGGGAUGGUCAUAUGAAGGCCGAUCUCGAAGUGUAUGCGCUCCGACAUCAGUUGGUGUGGGAAGGAGAGAAGGGGACCACUCCGAGAUAUCCCCUGCGUGUCUCAUUCAAUAAGGAGCUCUACAGCGUGCGCCGGACAACACUUGCGGAGCACUACCAGAAUGAGAAUGUUCUGUAUGCCGGUCUGAACGAAGACGCGAACAUCUUGAUCACGUUCAAUAAGAUGAAAGAAGAUCCCGGCAACAAAGGCAAGUAUAUCGAGGACCGCGAAGCUGCCGAGCGAGCCGACAAAAUCGGUUCGCAUGACUUUGUUCGCCUCGACUUUUAUGACAUUCAAAGUCGAGAGCAUCUCGGCUGGUUACAGAACAACCCAGGCGUUGCGGUGCUGAGGAAAGACCCGGGGGUGACGGACUUUGAGCGAGCCUAUCGGUUUCGCUACCUUUAG